GAAGAGCGUGAUGGUGAAGAAGAUGAAGACGAGGACGAUGAAGAGGACGAUGACUACGAUCCAGAGGCCAAGCCAGCUAAAGAGGCAAACGAGGAAGAAGAAGAGAGCGAGGACGACGAACCUGAGCCCGACUAUUCGGCUAUUCAGUCUAGUGGUAUCAGUGAAGUCAAGACAAGACAUCAAAAACAAUUAGAGAAGAGCGGUUUUGGUAGCACUAAUAAGCGUGCCCAGUAUCAGCAAAUGAAUGGAUAUUUGCAGGAUGAAAGCCAUGUGGAUGUGGAUUCUCUAUUUGAAGAUUUGAAACGUAGAAGCAACGAUCCUAGUCUACGAGAACGGGAAGUAUAUUCAAAUCACGAUACUCCAGAAGUGACCCAGGAACAAGAAAACAGAACCGAAUCUACCGAGCAGACUGAUUUGGGCCCCCAGAAAAUCAAAAUACAAACCUCCUAUACUUUUGCUGGGAAAUUAAUUACAGAAUCCAAGCUUGUUGAUGCAGAUUCCGCAGAGGCCAAGGCGUACUUAAACUCGACCAACGGACUCACCGCUGCCGAAACCGAGGACCAGACCAAGACUCGCUCGUAUGUGACUGUUAUUCGAGAAGUUCCACGAACCAAAGAGCAAGUUCCUUUACGGAUUAAAUUGAAAAGACCUUCAUUGAUUGAUAAAUUUCUUUCAAGCUACAAUAACAAACGCCAAAAACUAUCGACGUUGGAGAAAUCCAGGUUGGACUGGGCCAGUUUUGUGGAUCAGCGUAAGCUUCAAGAUGACCUCAAGCUCCAUAACAAAGCAGGUUAUCUUGAUAAACAGGAAUUCUUGGGCAGAUUGGAUGCCAAACGAGAUGAACAGUACGUUAAGGCCAGAGAAGAGGACCGCAAGCGCCAAUGGCAGCUCCAGCAACAGUCGCUAUGAUCCUUGUAUUAUAAAUGUAUAGUAAAUGUAUAAAAUGUAUGGGAAAUGGA